AUGUCGGGUCUCAAGAACUUCGCUCUUGCUGGCGUCGGUCGCAUCGGCACAUUCAUCGCGGAUGAACUCCUCAACGCUAAGGUCGCUGGAACCGUCGACUCAGUUGUCGUUCUCACCAGGGACUCCACUACCGACGAGGCAAAACGCCUUUCCGCCCGCGGUGCAGACGUCAAAGCAGUCCCUGCAUACGACGACGUGGCGGCUGUAACCGCCGCGCUCAAAGGUGCCGACUGCGUGAUCAGCACGAUCUCAGGCGCGGCGACGAUGUUACAGCCCGCACUCGCAACAGCCGCGAAAGAAGCUGGCGCGCGCCUCUUCGUGCCCUCCGAAUGGGCCGGUGUCAGCGCGGGCAAGACAAGCGGUAUUCAUGCACCCAAGGCUGCGCUCCUUGGGCAUCUUGACAAGAUUGGACUUCCGUAUACGCUCUUCUGGACGGGAUUGGCUGCGGACUUCGUUUGGAUUCCGCUGCUCGAUCUUGGCCUCUCUACGGGCAAGGUUAUAUUCGGCGAUGACGGUAACGCGCCUGUGUCAUUCACGUCGCGUACUGACAUCGGGCGCUAUGUCGUGCACGCAUUGACCGCGUUCCCGCUUGAAGAGCUAGCGGGCAAAACGUUCCGUAUCGAGGGCUCACGCCACAGCUUCAACGAAAUCGUCCGUUUGUACGAGGCGAAGCACCCUGGAACCAAGGUCGAAGUGCAGUACACGCCGCUCAGCGAGCUCAAGUCGCGCAUCGAGGCCAACCCUUACGACGUCAAGAGUACGCUUCAGCAUGACUGGGCGCUCGGCGAGUGGGCCGUUGGAAACGACGAUAACGGGAAGUGGCCGGAGUGGAAGCCCGCGCCGGUGACCGAUUUCUUCUGA